AUUUCGCAAAAUGCAGUUCUGGAACUGGUUCGUCCUUGCAAACGCAGCUAUGGUGAUGGCCAAGCCAUGUGAGAAGCACUGCAUGCGUCAGGAAACCAAGCACUUCAACAUCGAGGAGGCACCCCUUAAACGUGUUUGCAAGAAGAAGAGCAUCAAAAUCCUCAAAUUUUGGAAAUGGAUGAUGGACGACUUUGGACCGUGUAUGAGAGACCAAUGUGAACACCAGGACAGAGAAAGUAAGAUAACGCCGGAGCAG